AUGAGCGCGCCCAAGCAAGUCGUUGUCGUCGGCGGAGGAUAUGUCGGCAUCCACUUUACCCAAGCACUGGCCAAGCUCCUGCCUGCCUCCGCGGUUGAGAUCACCGUCAUUGAGAAGAAUGAGUUCACAUACCAUUGCAUCGGCGUCCCACGCGCAUUCGUCGACCCGUCCUACGUGAGGAAGUUGUUCAUUCCUCUGGACAAGGCCCUUCCUGCAUCUCACACGAAGAUCAUUCGCGGACUUGCCGAUUCCAUUGACGGUAACGAAGUUCGCGUCCGCAAGAUUGUCGACAACGUCGUUGACGAAGCGACGACCAACAUCCCUUUUGACUACUUAAUUCUUGCGACCGGGAGCAGCUACACGUCACCAAUCAAAGUGCCGACCACCUUGUACACGCGCGAAAACAUCGAAAGCGCCAUCGUGGACACUGCGAACCACAUCAAAGCCGCGUCAUCCGUUUUGAUCGUUGGAGGCGGGGCUGUCGGCGUGGAAGUGGCAGGGGAGAUCGCCACCGCAUAUCCCAACAAGACGGUCACAAUCGUGGACGGGAACGACAAACUCAUCAGCAGCAGCGCCUUGACCGACAAAUUCCAAGCCACCUUGAAAGCCCGAUUGAGCGAACUCAACAUCAAGUUGGUGCUGGGGGAGCGUUUACCGUCUCGUGAAGCUGCCCAUGGAUUUGAAAAGAAAACGAUCCAAACAGACAAGGGCACGAUCAUCGAGGCUGACGUGCAAAUCGUAGCAGCGGGCAGUUCCCCCAACUCGUCGUUGAUUCAAUCGCUCGAUCCGUCACUUCUUACAGCCCACGGUGCAGUAAAAGUGACUGCAAGUCUCCAACUCGACGACCCCCGAUAUUCCACGAUUUUCGCCAUCGGAGACAUAAACAACCACCCAACGCCCAAAUUAGCAUACAAUGGAAAGCUUCAAGCUACUCAUUUGGUCAAGGAAUUGGCUGCCCUCAUCAAACGAGGCGGCUCUGGGGAAGUGGCUCCAUACGUGACAGGGUCUGUCGAAGGCAUUUUCAUUCCACUCGGCCCUGCUGGCGGGGUUGGUCAACUUCCCUUAUUUGGCGGGGUUGUCGUGGGGAACUUUGCCGUCCGCCUCCUCAAAGCCAAGGACUACUUUGCGUCUCAGUUCUGGAGCGCAUGGAAUGCUGUGUUGCCAGCUGCAUGAGCACGAUGCCAUGGCUGGUUGGACUACCCGAAUGGAUACUACCAACGUCCUUCGAGAGCAAGUAGUUGUGUCAUGGGUGGCUAAAGAGAUUUGCAUGUUUUUUUUUGACAAGUCAGAAGCGAAGCGAUCAUGACUCCAGGUGGGGCCCGCCACCAUCGAAACCCUUGUGUACGAGCACCAAUAAAUACAAGCAUUUUUGAACGACA